AUGGCGACUACAACCCUCGCUGCCAAUGCCAUCGAUAUUGUCGACCAGAAACCAGCCAUGAGCCCUACCAGGAAGGACUCUGCCAACGAACUCAAUGCUGAGCCCUUCGAUCUGGCCAAAGGGACAGUAGAGACGAUCGAAGCUAUCUCGAUCGAUUCGGCCCCUGCACUGUCGGUCAAACCUGCUGCAGUCCCGACCGCCGUCGCCUCUGAUGGAAACAGGAUCCGCGUCCUUGAUAUCACUGAAUACAAGGGCGCUGCACUUGCUCUUGCAGAAGCGUUCAAAGACGACGACGUGUCGCGCUACUUCCUUGAUACCCCUGAUCGGGCUGACUGGACAGCUGAGCAGAAGUGGGAUCUCCAUGUAGCUAUCUUCGAAUACGUCGUAUACGCUCACAUCCUCAAAGGCCUCGUGACGACUGUGGGCCCUGACUAUGGUGCUGUCGCUUUGUGGAUGCCUCCGGGAACCCACAUGGAUGACCUCUACACCGUCUUUCGAAGCGGAAUGUGGCGUCUUCACUUCCGCCUCUCUCGCGAAGGCCGCAAACGCUUCUUCACCGAGUUCAUGCCGCUGCUCCACGACACCAAAGCAAGUGUCAUGGGCGAACGGGACGCCACUUCCUGGUACCUGGUCUACGUCGGCACCAGGCCCUCGGCCCGCGGCAAGGGUUACUGCAAGAAGCUGAUCCAGCACGUGACGGACAUGGCUGAUCGGGACGGUCGCGCCAUUUACCUCGAGAGCAGCCACGUCCGCAAUGUUCCGAUCUACCGCCGCAUGGGCUUCAGGGAGUGCAGACGCAUCUACCUCCAGCGUGCCGAGAAGAGCAACGUGGCUUUGGAGAUCAUGGUCAGGGAGCCGGGCGUUAAGGACGAUCACUAA